CUCACACCCGUACACACACACCAUCAUUUUGCUGCCCUUCAACUUAAAUGACGGCAAACUCUCUCUUGCAAUUGAGCUGUUUUUAUCCCUAACCUACAGUUUGAACUCUAAUUACUAUACUACUUCUUUUUUGCAAGAUGUACCUCCUGACAGGAGUCCUUAUAUUUUCCUUACUUGAUGCUAUUUCCUGUAUUCAGUUUCGGGCGCCUCUGAAUAUGGCAGGAGUCACAGGGCAGGUGCAGUUUGAUUCUACAUCCCAGACAGCCAUUGUCACAGUAUCUGGUGCAGGAUCAUGUGGGCCAGUUAAAAUGUCUCUCAGUGAAUUCCCCGUCAUGUUCGGCCAAUUUGCUCAACCUUGUUCAGAGGCAAACAUUGGCCCCAUCAUAUUUAACUUCACAGCUGAUCCUGCAUCAAACUCCACUGUUAAUGUGUCAAGCCUCUUUGAACAACGUCCACACUUGGAUGACUUCUCACUGACUUUGCAGACAUGUAACGGCACUAAAGUAUGCACUGUUGUAAGUCAAGGUCAAACUUCUUUGACUCGUCAGGCCAGGUUUACUGGCCCUAUUGCCGGUAAUGUUUACAUUCGCCUCAAUACAGGAGAGACCAACCCUAGGCUUCUUGCAGACCUAAUUACAAUUGGUCAGGUUGAUGCCUCCCAAACCAAUAUCACUCUCUUUGGAUCUACGAGCACUGCAGCAAGCUGUGAUGUUCUACUUGGAAGCUUAGACGUCUCCACUUUGACUAGAUUGGGGAUAGUCAAAGUUGGAACCCCUUUGCAACCCGAGAAAUCACGUCUGGACAUUACGAAAAACCUCAGCCCUGGUUUCCUUCUUUUCCACAUGGGGUCAAGUUACAAGUGCUCUCAGGUUUAUCACGUGCCAGGGAAACAGGUGACUGCUGUUGUGAAUAUGAAAGGGAUCAAAGGACACUUUAGCUUCCAACAGGCCUCCAGUUUUGAUGUGACAGAGAUGCGGGUCAACCUGACUAACUUGCAGAGCAGAGUCGGCCCUUACCACGUCCACCUGUUUCCUGUCCCUUCAGUCACAUCCUCUGCAGCAAGCCAGUGUUCAAAUGACAAUGUGGGUGGCCACUGGAACCCAUUCGAUGUCAACACUAAUGACCCAACAUACCCGAAAGUUACUGGGUCAACACACGACAAGUAUGAGAUUGGAGAUCUAAGCACCAAACACAUGUCCCUCGCAGGUAAAGAUGAGUUCAAUAUGGUGUUCUUGGAUUUCAACCUUCCUCUCUUUGGACAGAACAGUAUUGUGGGACGCUCAGUGGUUAUUCACCAAACAAAUGGUGCCAGGUAUGUUUGUGCCAGCAUCAGCUACCCCGGUGAAGUUAAUGUUGCCAGAGCCAGAUUUCAGAGCCCUGUGGUCGGCGAGAUCUGGUUCACCCAACUACAGAACAACCCUUUGUCUGACGUAUCCAUCUUUAUGGAUCUGUCAUAUGGAAAUCCCACACAGACACCAACCAGAAAUCACAAUUGGCAUGUUCACACCUACCCCAUUAGCUCAGACAGGGAUGAUGAUGAGAGACACUGCAGCACGGUAGGGGGACACUGGAAUCCCUUUAACAUCAACACUGGAGACAGCAGCUAUGCCAUCCAUUGUGGCCCAUCCAGUCCCUUAUCCUGUGAGGUGGCAGACCUCUCCAGCAAACACAGCCCCAUCAACCUUGGCACCAGGGUGGGUGGAGUAGACACAAAACACUUUUUCACCGAUGUCACUUCCUGGUUGCCUGAGUCAGGUUUUAUUGGUCGUUCUGUGGUCAUCCAUGAAGCAGAUGGAGGAGGGCCAAGGAUUGCUUGUGCCAAUGUUACAAAAAUGCGGGUCCACAAAGCUAGCUUGGGAAACUGGUCUAGCCCUGGGGUGUCCAUUGGCCAAGUGUGGUUCUCCCAAGCUGGCCCGCAAAGCCCCACAACUAUUAAUGUAUCUUUGAUUAACUUGAAUGCCUUAGCAGGAGGCUAUCAUGUUCAUAUGUUGCCAGUGAAACAUGGCAGUGCAAAGCCCUGCUCCGAUGCAAACGUCAUGGGUCACUUCAACCCAUUGGACAUAUCAAACUCUCCCACACCAGGAACUGGUACUGUGGACCAGUAUGAAAUUGGAGACAUCAGUGGAAAGUUUGGGAUGCUGGAUGGCCUCAGCCAGUCUGAGGCUCUUUACGUGGACAAUAAUAUCCAAUUAACUGGACCCUACAGCAUAGUGGGAAGGUCACUGGUGGUUCACUAUGCCAAUGGAUCAAGAAUGAGGUGUGCCGACAUUUCACAUGAAAGAAAUUCAGAAGGACAAUGGACUAUUGCCAAGGCUAUAUUCAACGGUACAGCGACUGGAACAGUUCAAUUGCGCCAGCAGAUGUUUCCCGAUGGGAGUAGCAGUGAUACCACACUCUUGGUGACCCUUCAAUCGUCGAGGCUAAAUACACCUGAGGCAUCCUUGUUCAUCACAAACAGCCGCACAGGCAGCCAGUGUAACAACGUGGGAGACACGUACAACCCCUUCAACAUGACAUCGGGGCACUCUGGAUGUUCAUUAGCAAACCCUCUGUGCUGUGUUGUGGGGGAAAUAUCUGCGAGGCAAGGCUCAGUCAGUCUGACCAAGAGGCAACUCUUCACUGACUGCAUCAUCCAGCUCUCUGGAGACAACACAGUGGUCCAUAAAUCUCUCGUGCUGAAGAAUGGAGACAGCGUCAUUGCAUGCGCUGACAUUAUCCCAGAAUCCCCUGCAGCAGAGCAGACAUUUCCCACUGUGACUGAGUUCAGCAGAUAUGACUUCCGUAGGAGAGUUGCAAGUACCCUGGUGGUGGAAAUAGCAAGAGUCACCAUCCUGUCCAGCUCUCCCCGGUCUGUAGUGGGACGAAAGUGUCAGCGAGUCAACUUCAUGGUUUCUGGGAAUGUCAGCCCAGAACUUCUCAAGACCGUCAAAACCAGUGAGAAGAUGGGCAAAUACAGGGAGUCAGACUCAUGUGCAAGUAGUGCAGUUAUGCCUCUGGUGCCGGGAGGUUUUCUUCUUGCCUUGGCGUUUGCUGCCGCCUGCCUGCUGCCAUCUGCAGCUUAUUUAUAGCUCAGAGAUUCAGCUACAACCAUGCAUCAUCAGAAAAAGGUACACGGAUCCUCUAAUUGUGAAACUGCGAAUAUGUUUCUGAAACGUAGCUGUCGUGGUCAUUUUAUUGAUGACGAAACAAACAAUAUCGGUGUCUCUUUUGUAAACCAAUGAAGAUGUCAGUUGCCAUUUUACAUUUGGUCUUGUUAUAUGCAUUUUAGGCAACAAUGUGUCCAUUAUAUGUCCAUUGUGACCUUUACAAACAUGUUUUAUCCAUUUAAACAGUUGGAAUGGGUGAGGGGAGUUAUUUAAAUGUGUUGCAUUUGAUUUAACCUUUUUCUUUGUGUAUGCACUAUCAAUACAUUCUGUAUCUAUAUAUUCAAGAUUAUUGUGUAAAUACUAUAUGGGAAGUUCUGAAUAAAAAAAUAGUAACAUU